ACCCCCUGUUUGAGUGGAUAGAUCUGAUGACGUCAGUUUUCUUGGCCACGUGACCGAUGACCUGGCUAGAAGGGAAGAUGGCGCAAAUUUUGUGUUCGUCGCGAUUGUGGUGUCGGCUGUCGGUGUUUUGGUGGCCACAAAACCGAUUCUGACAUGGGUGCAUCUUCCAACUUCUAGUCCAGAUAGAGAGGAGCUGAUUUCUACAUCAAUAGGUGAUCACCAACAUGGGUAACGCUGAAGACAAGGAAGAAACAGAGGUCGGCACAAUGAGCGUCACACAGUCUGAAGGUCAAAAGGACGCUCCUCCUAACCUUGACCCUGAAACGGUUUGUUCUAACGGGAGCAGAACGGACGAACCAAGCACAGUGCCGGGUACAAAGACAGAAGUACCUUUGCCAAACGCCUGUGAACUUUUACCAAACACCUGCGAAGCCAUGGAAACUGACGAACUUGACCCUUCCGAAGGGCCGCCUGAACUCCAGCCAUACGAUAUAUACCAAGGACCUGAUUUUUCCGAAACGUUCGACUCGGACGCCUUUGACAGUAUAGGGCUGAAUUCUUUCGUAGAUGAGUUUGAAAAUGACGGGAGAGACACCCCGGAACUCCAUCUAUAUGACACAGCUACUGACGAAGACUUUGAAGGAAGUAAUUUCAGCUUUAGCGCAAGUGGUGAUGGCUUGAUGUUCAAUCAGGAUGAGAUAACGAACGAAUUAACUAACGAAGGACAAUCAGUCUUUAGCGGCAUCAGGUCAGAAACUGAGGUACAAGACUCAGAAUGCCCAAUACUUAUCGAAGAUAAAAAACUUGACAAAAAGGGAUCGGCUUCCCAAGAAGAAGAUGCUACAGAAGAAGACAGGACAGAAGACAGUCUUACAGAAAGGGAAGACAAUCAGGAUGAAGAUGUAGAUAAGUCUUCGAGUAAAGAAGACAACAGUCUUGGUGGAAAGAAUGAACUUCUUGAGGAACAGAAGCAGGAGAUAUCAGAGAAGGAGGAAGAAAGGUCCAAGCGAGAUGCUACACUGGACACCUUCAGUGCGAUUCUUGCGUCCCGCUCCUUAACACACAAAGUGCUUGCUGAUAUUGCUGCGGAGUGGAUCACACAUGAGCUGAAAGAAGUGGACCAGAAGUCCAUGCCGGAGGUGUUCCAGGUGCCCACCUGCCAGUCCACCUGGCAGCUGUUGAGUGGAGAACGGAUCUACACCAGGGAGAGACAGAAAAAGAUGAUGUGCCGUCGCAGCAAACGUAAACGGACAGGUGUUAGCUAUAAAGACUCGGAUCCGUUGUACAACUGUCCAAAUUCAAAAUAUGUAAAGACCAAGAGGGACAAGAGGUUCACUGCCAACCCCUGGAAGAAGACAGUGCCAGCUGUGGACGAUGAUGGAAAGUUGAGCUGCAGGAUGUGUAAGUUUGUGUGUGACACCUACACAGCCUUCCACCAACACCUACUGGACCACCACACCUGGAAGAAGUGCACAAAGUGUAGUUUCCUCACCCAGAGUCAGAAGAAAAUGAACGCUCACAUCAAGAUAAUGCACACACCCAGGGACCAGUGGCCAGAAGUGAAGAUGCUCCAGCGUUGUCAGCUGUGCGGACUGGACACUGGUUCUCCGGGAAACCUACAGGAACACAUCCUGUACUCUCACAAGUGUUACAUCUGUGGCUUCAUCACUAAACAGAAGGGAGACUUGGAAAAACACAUGGACACACUGCACAAGGGUAGUCCAAAACUCAAGCCGCUCCAGGCUAACAGUGCGCCCGGAAACGCGCCCGGACACACUCCCGGACUGCCUUCUGUCUUUGCGCAAGGUAACCCCUCUGUCCAGAAGGCAUUCCCCGUAGCGAACAACAUAAUACCAAGACCGUCAUGGCCACAGGUUCAACACAGACCGAACAUUCUAACACAGACGAUGAGUUUCCCACGGGUGUCGGCGCCGCCAACGCAGCUAGCGCCCAGAAUGCAGCCGGUCAACACGGUACUGGGACAUCCGGGUAACCCCGUGACCGUCGGCGUAUCGCCUGGCGUCAUCACGGUACCACAGCAGGUUACAGGUACAACCGUGGUGAGGCUGCAGAAUAAUGCGACCCACGCGGAGACGUACGUACGCUGCACGUUCUGCUUCUACCUGUUCUCGACGCUCACCGCGGCCCACGCCCACAUGGCCAACGUGCACUGGAGACAGAUCUCAGCACUGGCACAAGCUGGACAAAAGAUUAUCCUCCCCAAAGUGAUCCUGUACACAAAUAGCCCCCCACAGCACAAGGUGCAGGGUAGGCCGAAGACUCCUAUCAACAAGAACACAGUCAAGCAUCUCCUGAAUAAAGAUGACAACACGCACACCUCAGGUGAAGUUGUUGCAUCUACAUCCAUCCCAAGCCAUCAAAACGUGCAGAAAGGCACGACCACAGUCGUCAAUCCAAGCGGGCAGGUACCAGUGCCUACACUGGGUACCCCUGCAACACCUGUCAGUAACGUAGCAGUCAGGCACCCUGUUCCAGCUCCUCAAGCCAUCCCUGGUAUAGCGAGGCCCCCCGUGGUUGGAACUGUCAAUGCCGUCCCAGCAGUCAGUCAGGGAUUUCAGACAGUACAGGCCAGCCCUUCAUCUAUUGGAAUAGCUAGAGCCCCAAUUGUCAGGCAACAAUUUCAGCCCAACUUGGCCACCACAUUGCCAGGGGGCAACCUGACAAGUGUUGCACCUGGGCCAGCUGGGGCACCUGUUGCACCUGGGCCAGCUGGGGCACCUGUAGCACCUGGGACAUCUGUGGGACCACAACAGCAGAUAAUGGUUCUGAAAAAAGAAGGAGAGAAGUUUGUAUGGGUAACGCAGCCGGUACAGAAUGUUGCGAGUCUACUCCCAAACCAGAACAAAGGGUUGACAAGUGCAGUUCCCGCUCCAAACCAAACUGUAACAGUACAAAGCACUUCAAACAUUGUCACCCAACAAGUACUAACUGCAUCAAAUGUAUGUGCGAAGGAAGAAAGCCAGCUGUCUAGCAAUUCAAAUCAGGCAGUUCAGGACGCAAAGUCGUCAGAGAGAGUGCCAAGACAUACAGUAGUCACCACUCAAGCCACGCCCACUGUCAUCACUCAAAGUGCAAAUACGUCAUCAGCAACAACAACAGCUCAAAAUAUAGUAGCUACACCAGCCAGUACCAUAAAGGUUGUUAGUAUGGCUACAUCCACAACAACAACAAAUGCCAAUGUGGCUAGUGUGAGUCAACAGAAACCUUGUCCUCUAAGUACAAUAGUUAGUAAAAGUACCCCCCUGUCUGGUGUAGUUUCAAUCAAUGUCCCCACUGUAGCUGUCACGCCAAGUCAGCAAGUGGGAGUCACUCCUAUGGGACAGCUAGCGUUGGUGUCGCAACCGAAGACAACACAGCCACCCCCUAAAACAGUUUACUUUGUGAACAAGGUGCCACAAGGCAGCACCCUACCUGGGCCACUGCAACAGUUGGUGACACUACAGGGUGCGCAGGUUGUACAGAGAGUGGCGAGUCCCGUGGUAAACGUGAGAGGGAUCCAGCCCGGCGUUGUCGGUUCCGGUAACCAGUCAACCGCUAACGCCGCUCAGCAAACCAUCCUGGUAAUGGCGGACGGACAGAGGAUCAUGCUUCCGAAGAACCAAAGACUCAUCACAGUACCGGCACAGACCACACCGAAGCCAAACUCUUUACUUCAGAAUAUCAGUCUAGCUCCUGCAGUGGAGGUCAGUAACUCACAGUUUGUGAUGAGGAAUAUCAACACACACCGGUCGCCCGGAUACGCAGUACGGUUGCCGGUCAAGGCGCAGCUUCAAAACGUCGUACCAGGGCAGACCUUAGUGACGAACAGCACCGGCGGACUACUCGUGCCCACUCAGAACGUUAGAGCGGACGAUAGUCGUCCGGGAAGGCCAGUUGUUCUGCCUCUUGCCCCCAAGCCAGAGCCAAAAUCUGACAAUGCAAGUGUCGCUAACCAAGCUGACAAGUCAGAACCUACAAGUACUCCAGUCAUAAAUACUGAAACGGCAUCGACGUCGAAGGCCACGCCACACAUCAGGGACAAAAACAAGAAAGCAAAAGUCAAACACACAACAGGAAAGCACAAAAACAACUUGUUGAAGAAGAAACAGAAAAGGGUCAAGACUGAAGAGGCAGAAUCAGCAGAGACCAUACUCCUGAGGAGUUUCCACAGUGCCCCCUAUCUGACUUCUAGGGAACUGCAGCAGUUAAAGUUUAAGACCUAUCGUAGCGCAUCAGACAUUCGCUACUGGUUCCACACCAUGCAGAGGAAGUGUAUGAAGAGUUUUGAGCAGCGCGAACCCAGAGUUGUUCUGUCUCGCUGCGAUGCAAAGAAGCCUAAAGUAGAGUAAGAUGGAACACAGGGUAACUAUUGUACAUAGAUGUUGCAGGUAAAAAUACUAAAAUUACUGUCUAUACAGGCUGUACAGCAUGUAAUUAUGUUCUGCAUUAAAAGUUGAACUGUAAUAUCCGACCCUAAAAAAGUAAAAUGGAUUUACACACAUUUUGAUACACCAACUCCAGCCUUUGUCAAGGAAUGAGGAAUCCAAUGCUUAUGUGAUUUGUCACGCUAUGCAGAUAGCACACAUGACUCGGUGAGCAGUGGAUCAUAAGUGGCAGGAAGUCUAUGGCGCCCCCCGUCUCUGUUGGGGGAUGGUUGUAGAGCCCUGAUGUAGAUGGCUUCCUCAAUUCCUCAACAGAGGCGAGGGGCGCCAUAGACUUUUUCCAACAUAUGAUCCACUGCUCACUGAGUCACUGAUGUUCUAUCUGCAUAAUGUAAGAUCACAAAUGCAGUGGAUUGCUCAUUGAUUGACAAAGAAAGGAGUUGGUCAGUUGAAAAUUUGGGUAAAUCCAAUUUUUGUGUUGGAAGUUACAGUUUAAUUCGGAUACAGAAUGACUUCUACCAAUGCAGAUGGACUUUCAAGUUAUGUAACUAUGAUUAUGAGAAUGCAAAAUGUAUGUGCCAGACUGGCAGUUUUUUGGAUAUGACUCAGUUUUGCUGCCACAGCUCCCCUUUGCAUUUAGUUGUCUGGAAUUAACAAGUAGUGAAAGCUAUUUAUGAUUGUAAAAUAUAUAUGCAGUGCAAUGUACCUGUGCAAAACUUAGACAGUUAGGUAUUCCAUUUCUUCCUGUUUUGGUAUCUCUGUAAUGGACCGAUCCUAACUGUCCAUCACAAUCAGCAGUUCAACCAAUGAGAGAAUGGCAAUUGGCAUUUUGACCAAUGGCUGCAUGUCUGUCAAAUAUUUGCAUCUUUUUGUUUUCUAUUUGCUCUUUGACGGUGGUGGGCAGGGCUAUGAGGUCCUAAUCUCAAUCUUAUAUACAGGUCUGGAAUGCAGGUAUUUGAAAAGAAUUUUAUUAAAGGAAAAUUUAUGUGACUCUGAGGCUCCUUGGAAGAAUUUCUUGUGACCGUAUUGGACCAUUCCUUAUGUAAAACAUCUUUCAGUUUAUGGGUGCCAAGGUAUUGCUAUGAGUAUUACAGAAUAUAAGUAAUCCGAUCCACUACUUAGAAAUAUUAUGAGUUUUGCAACUUGGAGAGUCCCGACGGAGAGGAAAAAUGGGCCAGUCCCUUAGGCAGGUUUAGCAAUUGGAUAAACCCAGAGGUUCUUAAAAGAUAUUGUAGGAAAAAUGGAAGUCAAGAGCCCACCAUCUUGAAAUUGCCUCUCAUGUCAUGAGACAAAGGCGCAGGUCGUAUGUGUUCCAUAAAACUCUAACUUUCGUAAAAUUUGUGUAUCAACAAUGGAUCGUAUGGAUUCUGUAAAAUUUGUAUACUUAGGCACCCCCGGUCAAGUCAUUUUAUUAUUGUCCAGUGAGAGUGUGCCUUUUGUUGUGAGAAUUGAAGUGCUAAACUGCACAAAAGACAAUCUAGAUGGAUCAGGCUGUUUUUAACAGCAUAUGUAAGAAGAUGUUAACUUCAUAAUAUCUGUUUGUGUUGCGUUUAUUAUAUCUUGCGUUUCUAAAACCACUGUUAAUGCUGAAGUUGUAGUAGUUUAAAAUGACAUGAAGACAAGACAAAAACAAUCCUGAAUCAAAAUUGAGCUGUAACUUCCAACAGAAAAAAUUUUCUACUUGUCAACUCGCCGAGGAAUGAGCGAUUCACUGAUUCUUUGACGUCACGUUAUGCAGAUAGAACACGUGACUCAGUGAGCAGUGGAUCACAAGUUGCUGAAAGUCCAUGGCGCCCCUCGUUUCUGUUAAACUUUGAACUUAAAGGAUGGUUGUAAAGCUGGGCUGCCCUAAUGUAGAAAGCAGAUUUUAUUCCUCUUGCAAAAUUCUUUCUGCAACUUUUGAUCCACUGUGCAUUAAGUCAUGUGGUCUAUCUGCAUAUUGUGACAUCACAAGUGGUGGACUGCUCAUUCCUUGACAAAAGACUCAAGUUGGACAGUAAAAAAGUUCUGUAUGUCCAUUUUUUUGUGCUGAAAAUUACAGUGCAACUUCAAUAUAGAAUGACAAAUGCACAAACAGUAGAAUUUAUUUAUUUGUCUUCUUGUUGGGCACAGAGAAGCACGCUAACAUCUUUUUAUACACUUGUAUACUCAUUACUUUAUAAGUAUUCCAAGUUAUAUUUACUUCUCACUCCUUUUUUAGUCACUAGAGAUGAGAAAAAAAUGUUGCCUCUCUCAGAGCAUAUAUAUUGACAUUGUUAAAAGUGAAAAUUGUAAAUCUUACUAUGUUUUCUGUAUCCUUCACUUCAGGUAUCUAGCUCAAAUCAAGUUGCUUAAACUCAAUUAAAAAGAAAGCUUACAGAAACCACUUGAAACAAUUUAUUGUGUUUUACCUGUGCACAUUAAGAAUAGACUUGUGACCUAAUGUAACAGUAUUUAAAGUUUCCAAUCUUGCAUUUUAGAGUAUUAAACAAUUCGUAAAAUGUACAUCUGGAAAAAUACAUUUGUAUGUCUAUUGACGAUACAGCAUAUCCUACACUUUCUCAACAUAAUAGUCAAGGACGUAGUUAUCUUUCAGAAUAGUUUGUUUGUAAGUCGGGCAUUAAAGCAAUGAUCUAAUUU